AUGGCGCAUCUCGUCUCGCGCUUGCAGGACAUUCGGGGCCAGCGCGGCGCGCAUGCCUGCGCGGAGUUGCUCUGGACUUGGACUCCGGCCCUCGAGUCGCAGGUGGAGGUGUUGCAGCUGCAGCUGGUGCACCUGCAGCAGCGGGCCGACGAGGCCGACGCGCGCGCCCGCAACGCGCGGGUGCACGCCAUGCUUGCUGACGGCACCAGGCCCCACGAGGGCGAUCUCACCUUUGGCGACAGCGGCGAAGACGCGCGAUGGCCCCCAUCGAGGCGCCAGGAGCACGGCGAGGGCCUGGAGACGCAUGGUGCCGCGUGGUCGGCGCAGGAGCGGUCCAUGCGGGAGCACGAGCGGACGAUCGUAGACCUCGUCGACAGCCUGGGACUCGCGGAGCAGUGGGGCGCAGACCAGGAGGCGCGCGGCGCGGAGCUGGCCGAGCAGCUCUCUGCGUGCAGGAGGGACGGCGAGGCGCACCGCCGGUGGACAGCGGGGCAGGUCGAGGAGCUGGAGGCCUGA